ACACAAUGCUGUCGAGUUUUGAAAUAUUAAAUUAAAAUUAAACAAACAGUCAGGUUAGCACAUUAUCUGUGACUUGAGAAUGGCAUCCUGACUUGAUGUUUUCCUCCUCUGUGAUGCAGCGCUCUGUACCAUAUUCACAAUGGCCCUCUGGUUCCGAGUGCUCUCUCUGCUCGCUUUGCUUGUCUUGUCCUCGCCGCACGUGAGCAAGGCUGCCGCGAACCAGCAUCUCUGCGGAUCCCACCUGGUGGAGGCGCUCUACCUGGUCUGUGGAGAAAGGGGUUUCUUCUACACUCCCAACAAAGUGAAGAGAGACAUGACCUCUCCUUUUAGUUUCCUGUCUGGAAAGACUGCUUCGGAGAACGAUGUGGACGAGUUUCCAUUGAAGCAACAAGGAGAGGUGAAAGUGAAGAGAGGCAUUGUGGAACAGUGCUGUCACAGCCCCUGCUCCCUGUACCAUUUGGAAAAUUACUGCAAUUAAGCACAAUUUCAAGGUGGUGUUUUUUUUUUUUUUUGCUAUGCUAACUUAAUAAAGAGGCCUUGUAAAUUAAUGUUUCUUAUCAAUCAUUUUGCUAAUGUAAUGAGCCGUUUUAUGCUGCACGUGAAAACAA